AUGUCCCAAACUGCAACGAAGUACCAGCCUGGAGUCCAGAAUGUGCCCAAUGAUACUCCACUGGAAGAUAUCUUUUUCUUGCUCAAGCGUGAUGGAGGAGUCAUAAUCAAGGGGCUGAUCCCUGUCGAAGAUAUCGACAAGACCACCGCAGAGAUCAGAGAUAGACUUGAUCAGGACUUGCCUUGGGAUGGCGAAUUCUUCCCAAAGGAAACGCGACGGGCACCGUCCAUGAUUGCCCUCAGCCCGACCUAUACUCGAACCCAGCUCAUGAAUCCCAUUUUCCAGGCAGUCUGCGACCACUUUCUCACCACGCGCAGCUGGUUCUGGUGGGGGGAGAGACGCAAAGAGUCGGUUUCCAAGCCCUACGCGAUGUCCUGCACCGCCAUGGAGAUCGGGCCUGGCGGAAAGGCACAACCCUUGCAUCGUGACUCCUUUGUGAACCAUAACAUCUUGAGCGAGAUCGAGGUGUGGAAUGACGAUCGCGAUGUCAAUCGAGAGACGGCAGUUGGAAUGAUGGUUGGUGCUUGCAAGGUCACCAAGGAAAACGGGGCUACUCAAUUCAUUCCAGGCAGUCACCUAUGGGACUCGAACAGAAAGACCCCUCCCCUCUUGAAGGACUGUGCUUUCGCUGAGAUGGAGAAAGGAGAUGCUUUCCUUAUGAUGGCCUCUGUUUAUCAUGGCGGAGGGAACAAUGUAACCUUGGACGAGAAGCGCCUAGUGUACUCGACGUUCGCCACCCGAGGCUACUUAAGACAGGAAGAGAACCAAUUCUUAGCUGUUCCCCAAGAUGUCGUGAAAAAGUACGACCGGGCCACCCAGAACUUCAUCGGCUAUGCCAUCAGCGAACCUGCUGCAGGACAGGUUCAGCAACUGGAUCCGAUUUACGUGCUUUACCCUGAAAUGAGUGAGAUCAACUCAGACGAACAAUCUGAAUACAACAUCAUGGAGAGUCGCAUCAACUACCCGGAACAUAUCCCACGACCAUUCUGGCAACUCGUCCAUUGUCUCAGUGCGCUUCCUCGCCUACAAAGCGCUGUCCUACGCUUUCAUUACGACUGCAGUGAUGACAAGAACUCGAAUUAUGAUGUAUGGCAAACCAUUGACAUGCGCGACAUAGUAAUGCAUAAUACACUGUCUGUGCUUGCCUCUCUAUCCAAGUCUCUCCGGGAACUAACAAUCCAAAACUUACGGAACAUCAUCCCAGUGCAUCCUACUACUGUGGCAAACAUCACGAAGGUUUUGAAAGAGAUUAUCUCGCUCCGCCUCAACAUUACCAAUCAAAUUAACGGGGGCGAUGAUCUUGAGAUACGGUUUCUUCCCAAUGCCGCUUACAUUGCUCACUCUAUGUUCGGAGAGAGGAGGUGCACAAUUUCUUCCCUAAGCUCUCGACAUUCUGCUUGA